AUGUCCACGGAUCCCACAGCGCAGGCCGCAAAGCCAGGUCCCAGCAGCAUAGACUCACGUGUUUUCCCGAAGAAGAAGAAGAGGGAGGCGGUGCGGAAGGGACUUUUUAUAGGGCGCCAAGACCCGCGAGAUCUUGACUGUCUAUGUGGAAGCACUCGCAGGCUGUCAUUGGCUGCGUCUUGUCCCCACCCCGCCGGGUUCUGCCUGCGCCUGCGCACUUUGCCUCGUCGAAGCCGCGACCUACACCAGCCGGAAGGGCGUAUAAAUGCUCGCGCCGGCGCUGUGCGGCUCCUUAGUGUCCGUGAAUUCGUGGAGCUGGUCGCGUGUUCAGGUUCCCCUGGAUCUGGACGUUGCCGCCGCCUCUCCCGCAAGAAUGGCAGGAGUGGUGGGUACGAUCUCAACCUCUUUGCCAGCCCUCCUGACUGCAACUUCCUGUGUUCCGUCUGCCAUGGGGUUCUCAAGAGGCCAAUGAGGUUGCCGUGCAGUCACAUCUUCUGCAAAAAGUGCAUCUUCCAGUGGCUAGCCAGACAAAACACCUGUCCGUGCUGUAGAAAAGAGGUGAAAAGGAGAAAGAUGGUCCAAGUGAAUAAACUCCGAAAAACCAUAGGCCGCCUACAAGUCAAGUGCAAGAACGCUGCAGCUGGCUGCUUGGUGACAUGCCCUCUGGCUCACCGCAAGGGGCAUCAGGACUCAUGCCCCUUCGAGCUGAUGGCCUGCCCCAAUGAGGGUUGCACUGCGCAGGUUCUGCGUGGGGUCCUAGAUGAACAUCGCCAGCAUUGCCAGCAGAAUGGGCAGCAGCGCUGCCCCCUGGGCUGUGGAGCCACCCUGGCUGCCCUGGAGGGUGAGAACCACAACUGCUACCGCGAGCUCCGUGAUGCUUGGGUCCAACGCCAUGAGCGCAACCGGACCCUGCUGCUGAGCCUGCUGGGGCGUGUGCGCCGGGUGCACCGCACCACCAACCUCAUCCGCCGGCAGCUGGCACAGCUGAGCAACUUCCUGGAGGAUGACACCCUGCUCCUGAAUGCCCGGGUGCAAGAGACUGAGGUUGUCCCGGAGGCUGAGAUGUGGGGUGCGCAGGGCCAAGGUGUCUUAUAGAGGAGUUAAAUAAAUGCUGAGCCCAGGCCUGGCCCACCUCACAC